AGUAGUAGUAGUAGUACCUAAUCAAGCUACUUUUUCCUUUGCGGUACUCUAGUAAAAGUAGCCACAUUACCCCCAGACGCCGCUUCGGUUCCUUACCGCCUCCACCCCUACCCGAGAAUCACCUACAUUAAGUAACUCUAGUUCCUCUUCCACCCGGAUCGGUCAAAAUGUCUACUUCUCCGAUCCGUCUACUCAUCCCGCCGAGUCUUCAGCGGUUCACCUGCUUCGAACAUUUCCCGUUCGAUGUCCGCGUUCAGGUCUGGGAAGAUAUCAUCUAUACCCCUGGCAUCCAUUUCCUUAAGUUUGAGCAGAACAAAGAAGCCUUGCAAUAUACGACCCCAGAUGACUCAGAUUCAAGCACGGACGACGAUAGCGAUGGCAUGGACCGUCUACAACUGUCCCACACUACACGAGAGGGCAAGCGGGUGAACUUUACUAGCACCCUCAAGUCGGCCUUCCCCUCUCCAGCUGCUGACAAGUCUUACUAUCUCACCAUGAACAAAACAUGCACUCAAUUGUCACUGGCCUGUAGCGAAGCUGCGAAGUUGGUCGAGAAAUUAAUCGCACGCCGGGGAAACUUGGUUCUAGAUACCGGACGCUUGGUUCACUUUGAGCAAUCGUCCGAUGUCGUAUGCAUUGACUAUCCAGGUGCUACCCUGUCUCGACCUCUGGGCCAUUGGGCAGAUCGUCUAGAUCUGGAACAGUUGGCAAAGGUUCGCCGGGUAGCUAUCCGGUAUAGCACCAAGUGGGAUGAUGAGUGCCGAGUUUGCCGUACCUGUGGUAUCAUCCACAAUUUUCAUCGGCAUCACGAUAAUACGCGUCCACGACAUGCCUACGAGUUUGCCGCUUUGUUCAAGAAUCUUGAAACUUUCUACUUCAUGGACUGCCUAGCAAUCCGCAAGUCCCGCGAUAAGUCGAAGCCUACUUCUUGCUUGCACGCUAAGAAGGAAUAUGGAGACAAGGGCGAGAAGUUUGCGAGUGGUGAAGGUGGUCGCACGUACUAUGAAGUUGAUCCCCAAUUUUGCAAGAUCAACACCCACGUCUUCCGUGCGCUUGAUUGGGUUCGCGAAAAUUACAUUAGCUACUGCAAGAAAUAUUCCAAGGGCCCUGCGAACCCCGAGAAGGUUAAAUUUAAGGUUCUUUCUUGCGAGUGGGAUACCGAAGAACUCGUCCCCAAGCGCCAAGAAUCGAAGCCCAUCCGAUCUACCAACAAACAACACAAAGCACGAUUUUCAAACGUUAACGGCGGCUCGAGUCGAAUCCGCCCUAAAUUCAAUCCUGCUCGGAAAUCUGAAACAUUUGACGGUCUUCCUGUUGUCUUUGGUGAUGAUGGCAAGUCAAAAUUCGAGUUCACCGUCAAUGUACCCUUUCCGUGAGGGCGUUUGUAGCUUGCUGAUGCUACUUGGGUUAUAUUUCCCUCAACCUAAUGAAAAUUGAGAGGGAGGAUUCAUGAGGGUGGCAUUCCUUAUCCUAAAAAUGUCUUUACCUUUUCCUUUGUUUUGCUCUUUACCAACGUUGAUACCCAGACUCCUUUAGUUAGGCGUUAAUGGUCGCGAAUGAAAUCGCAGGCAUGGGUGGUUUCAUGAAGCAUUGCCUAUGAUAAACGAAUAAAAUGAAAUUAGGAUUACCUUAAUCCUAUACAUUUUGUAUCAUUAUUCUAAUGUGUGAAGUGCGUUUGUGAUUGAGUUGGUGUCAUGCUCUUUUCUGCCGAGGUGGACGCUAGUGGUAAUAGGAGAAUAGGGGUACUACUAUGUCAAAUGAGUAGUUCGCUUCUUAGGUCUCUAUAUGUCUAACGUUGAUAGAUGUCGUAAUCAUGAGGCCGGGUUAUCUUACUCGUGUACAUGGCGCUGCGUUUGUCAUCGUAGAAUUAAUUAUGAGCUCAUGCCCCUGGCUCGUUGUUCCUUCUGUUAGUAGUACCGCAAUACUGUGGUUCGUUAUCUCCCCCCUAUGCCCCUAAAUUUCUUUGAUAUACCUACCUAGGUAGGUAUAAC